GGCCCGGCGCCCACCAUGGGGCUGAAGGCGAGGCGCAGCGCGGCGGGCGGUAGCGGGGCCGGAGGGGCGGCGGAGGGGCGGCGGGCGGCGGGCGGCGGCGGAGGGGACCCCGAGCAGGGCUCGCUCGCCCUGGGCUCCGGAGCCGAUCGCGACGGGACGCUGCUGCUGGAAGGCGGUGGGAAGGAGGAAGGCGGCAAGCGGAGCCCUCCGGGGUUGGGGUUGCUGGCGAAGACCCCCUUGAGCCGUCCGGUGAAGAGGAACCACGCCAAGUAUCGCCGGAUCCAAACUUUGAUCUACGACGCCCUGGAGCGACCCCGCGGCUGGGCGCUGCUCUACCACGGCUUCGUGUUUCUGAUUGUUUUGGGGUGUUUGAUCUUAGCUGUCCUGACGACUUUCAAGGAGUAUGAAACCGUUUCGGGUGACUGGCUUCUCUUGCUGGAAACCUUUGCCAUUUUCAUCUUUGGAGCAGAGUUUGCCUUAAGGAUCUGGGCUGCUGGGUGUUGUUGUCGCUACAAAGGAUGGAGAGGGAGACUGAAGUUUGCCAGAAAGCCUCUGUGCAUGCUGGAUAUCUUCGUGCUGAUUGCUUCAGUGCCAGUGGUUGCUGUUGGGAACCAGGGCAACGUUCUGGCCACAUCGCUCAGAAGCCUUCGCUUCCUUCAGAUCCUGAGGAUGCUCCGAAUGGACAGACGAGGUGGCACAUGGAAACUUUUAGGAUCAGCUAUUUGUGCACAUAGCAAAGAACUCAUCACUGCUUGGUACAUUGGGUUCCUGACACUCAUCCUAUCCUCGUUUCUUGUUUAUCUGGUUGAAAAAGAUGUGCCUGAAAAGGAUGCUAAUGGGGUGGAAAUGAAGGAAGAGUUCGAGACCUAUGCAGAUGCAUUGUGGUGGGGGCUGAUCACCCUUGCUACGAUUGGGUAUGGUGACAAGACUCCUAAGACAUGGGAAGGACGGCUGAUUGCAGCUACAUUCUCACUCAUUGGAGUGUCUUUCUUUGCUCUUCCUGCAGGCAUCUUGGGUUCAGGGCUGGCACUGAAGGUCCAAGAGCAACAUCGUCAGAAACAUUUUGAGAAAAGAAGAAAGCCAGCAGCUGAACUCAUUCAGGCUGCCUGGAGAUACUAUGCUACUAACCCAAACAGGAUUGAUCUCGUUGCUACCUGGAGGUUUUAUGAAUCAAUUGUAUCAUUUCCAUUUUUCAGGAAAGAGCAAUUGGAUGGUACUGCCAGUAAUGUCAUGUUUAGUAGGGAGUCAUUCUUUGGAUCAAGCCUCACAAGAAAACUUAGCCAAAAGCUGGGUCUCUUGGAUCGGGUUCGUGGUACCAAUACUAAAGGAAAGCUAUUUACCCCUCUGAAUGUAGAUGCCAUUGAAGAAAGUCCUUCAAAAGAGCCUAAGAAUGUUGUCUUGAAUAAUAAGGAGCGUUUUCGCACUGCAUUCCGAAUGAAAGCAUACGCUUUUUGGCAAAGCUCAGAAGAUGCAGGAACAGGAGAACCCGGGGGAGAAGAGAGAGGCGACAGUAGUGACUUCCUUAUGGAAGAUAUGAUUCCUACAUUCAAGACAGCCAUCAGAGCUGUCAGAAUACUACAGUUUCGUCUCUAUAAAAAAAAAUUCAAGGAGACUUUGAGGCCUUAUGAUGUAAAGGAUGUGAUAGAGCAAUACUCAGCAGGGCAUCUUGAUAUGCUUUCCAGAAUAAAGUAUCUUCAGACAAGAGUAGAUAUGAUUUUUACACCUGGACCUCCAUCUACUCCCAAGCAUAAGAAAUCCCAAAAGGGAGGAGCUUUUUCUUACCCUUCACAACAGUCUCCCAGAAAUGAUCCAUACGUAGCCAAAGCAUCUACAGUAGAUACUGAAGACCAAAGUAUGAUGGGCAAAUUUGUUAAAGUCGAACGACAGGUAAAUGACAUGGGGAAGAAACUGGAUUUUCUUGUUGAUAUGCAUAUGCAUCAUAUGGAACAGUUGCAAAUACAAGUUGCCGAGAUAAGUCCAUUGAAAGAAAAUGCUUCCCCUGCAAAGGAAAAGAGAGAAGAUAACAAGUAUUCUGAAUUAAAAACAAUAAUCUACAAAUACACUGAUCAGUGUACUCAUGAAACUCCUUACAACUUCCAGCAAGUUCCAGUCAACAAAGUCAGUCCUUACGGUUUCUCAGCACAUGGUCUCAUGACUCAUUCACAGCCUUUAUCAACAGGUGGGCAAAACUCUGGCAAACUGCAAGCCACACCUUCCUCAACUUCAUAUGCAGAAAGGCCAACAGUUCUGCCUAUAUUUACAUUAAUGGACUCCCAGGUCAGCUACCAUUCCCAAGGAGACCUGCAAAGCCCUUACUCAGACAAAGUGUCUCCAAGGCAGAGGAGGAGUUUGACAAGAGACAGUGAUACCCCAUUGUCCCUUCUCUCUGUCAACCAUGAAGAACUUGAGCGCUCUCCAAGUGGCUUCAGUAUCUCCCAAGACAGAGAUGAUUUCCCAUUUGGCCCCAAUGGGGGAUCUGCUUGGAUGAGAGAGAAACGCUACCUAGCAGAGGGGGAAACAGACACAGACACCGACCCUUUUACACCAAGUGGCUCCAUGCCUUUGUCUUCAACAGGGGAUGGGAUUUCAGAUUCAAUAUGGACCCCUUCAAAUAAGCCAGUUUAAAAGUACGUGGGGGGGUAGUCACUGGCUGACUUCUCCGUGUAAUGUAAGCAUACUUUGUAUAUCUCACUUACUCUGCACCCAAAGCUUACUAGUCAAAACACCAAUGGCUGCAUAAGAUGCAUGUGAUAUUAGUGGUAGUCAUUCUGCACCAUUUCAUACAAUUUACUAAUGCAGUUUUUUUCAUGCUACCAAAACUAAGGAGCUUAGUUUUGAGCAUGGUUUGCAUGACUUUGCCCUAUAUAAAUGGUACAGCUGAUUUCUUCUAUGAUACAUAUCUAUCUGAUAUUCUUCAGUACAACCAACAAUGGUGGAUUGGAAACAGCCAAGAUAUGGUCCUUGCUACACUUUGUAAACAGAGCAGCAAAGUCAAAUUAGUUUCAGGAGCACUGUCCUUUUGUGGAAAUAAAAAAUCUGAAUCCAUUAUCCAAUCUAAGUAAAUCGAUCUCUAUCCCACCUAGCCAAAAUCUUUCUUCAAUUCAAGCAGGGAAAAAGCUGUCAAAAUAAAUUACCUUACUGAAAUAGUUUUUCAGUAUACUGAAAUACAUGAAAUACUGAAAUGUUACUCAUGUGAUCUGUUUUAUAACUACCUGUGAAAUACAAUGCUAAAUUGAAACUAGGGGCAGAAUUAAAAAUGAUGAAAGCCACCUACUAAUAUGAGAUUGGGAUAUUUAAUUACUGCAUAAAUUCCUCAAACUACUUGGAAAAUUACCACUGGUGAUCAUAAAAUUGCUGGAAAUGGAAUUAAAAUCCUAUUUUGUAGAAAAACUUUUGCUAAGUUUAUUUGUUUCUUACAGGGCCAAGGUUUCUCUGUUCAAAAAUAAGAAGAAAAAAAAAUGUUGUUCAUUGCAGAGCUCAGGUUUCUACUCUCCACUCUUUUACUGAGUUAUGCAGUAAUAAGUUCCAUAAUAUAAAUGUUCUUCAGUUUCCCUGUGUGUUAAUUGGGCGUUAUAGUUACAUAAAUACAGGUUGUGAGGCUCAAUUCACUAUUAUUUGUGAAGUGCUUUAAGCUUCUCUGAUCUGCAGAGUAACACUUUUCUGUUCCCUGGGAGCUCCACAGUGCAGCAAGAUGUGUAUUUAGCUUAAAGUUUCCUUUUAAAAUGGACAGCUGCAAAUCCAUGUAUGGCAAUCAUAUUUAAUUUCAAUGUACAAAUAAAUACCAUUAUUCUGUCAUGUCCCUGAGCAACAGAGGUAUAAGUUUACUCCUUAGGCCUCAUACAAACAAUUUCUGUGCAAAUUGGAAACUGUGUUAAGAGAGAACAAGAAAACAGUACAAUCCACUGGGCACAGGGCAGAAAUAAAUCUGAGAUCUCACCACCACAGUGGAAAUGCAGUUUCUGUACAGGUAGUGAAACACAGCCUAUCCAAAUAUCCUAUGCAGAAUCUCAGUCCAAGUGUCCAUGAAAUAGCAUCCAUUUGAUGUCAGUUUCAAUUGCUAUGCACUCUUUACAGCAGGUGGAAAACUAAUCUGUACAGUCAGUGGGCACAGGGUACAAGAACCAAAGCUUGCACCUCUUUAUGAUAAAAUUAAUUGCACCUUCAACUCAAUUAUGUGCAAUGACCAACUUUCUACCGACUUCAAAGUGAGCAGAAGGUGAUUUGCUGUUGUGUAAACAUGUCACAGAUAUCCACAUUCAGUGGGUAAAGACCUCGCUCCCAUCCCAUCAUGCAAGGUGCAGCUUCUUUUAUAGCUCCUGUCCACCUCCUGUUAAGAAGCACUUCUGCCUCUCCAGACAGCUAGUGGCUCUACCACCAAUGAAAGCAUAAGGAUAUAACUAGGGAGGAUGAUAGAAAAUGAAUCUUCUGUCAUGGCUGUACAGCUAAGCAUUGUUGGCACAUGCAAUUAGAGGAUAAGAAGAUAUACCCUACAGGUAUUCCAAUGAAUGUCUGUAAAUGGGAAUUGCACAGGCCUGGAUGGAGUGUACUUCAGUGGAGGAUACCUUGUUGGGUUUUGCCCACUUUGUCAGCAAAGUUAUUUUUGUUGAUUAUUCAGUGCUGUUGACAUCUCAUGAUAAUCAUUCCAUCUGGGGAACUUCUAUUCUGUUCCAGACAUAGGCACUGUCUUCAUCUUCACUGUUUAUUUAAGCGCUACCUAAAAAAAUAGGAUCUUCUUACUCUAAUAUUUCAUCUGCUUUAUCAGCUAAAAUCAUAACAGCCUUCUUGGCCAGAUCUUCAGGGAGAAGAAAUUCUUGUAAUUACUAAAUCACACCAAUGACAGCCUUUGAAGACUGAGCUGAGCUGAGGCCAAUAAUGAGGUACAAUUUUAGUAGUUACUUAUUUCAUAAAGUAGCUGUUCAUCUGAAAGACAGUCUCUUGUUUGUUGCAGUUUCAUGGCUAAAAUCAAUGAGAAUAAAACUAGCUGCAAAAUUGUAAUUCAUUGUAAUUUGGCACACUGAGAAAAAUUAUUUGACUGUCAAUGAUUUUUGGAAACACCUAUAUUGUACCUACUGCUGGCUUUUCAAUACAAUAGUAUUUAUCAGUGAAUGUCUUCGUUUUGUAGUUAUGCAGAAAUAUGCUGUUACAUACCUCUCUGCCCAAUUCACCUGCAAUUCUUCAAUUAGGUUUCUAAUCUCUCUCAUGCUGGGUCAUGCAAAGGUAGUCUUUUCUCAGUAUUAAGUCUGGCUGAUAACCCACAAAUCAACUCAUUGUAAAGAUAUAGUCAUUUCAAGAGUGAAUUCAAGCAAUGGCAGAUACUUGGAUCUGUCUUAUCUGUAUACUAACCUGCAGUGCUGGGGAAAGCAGGAUUAUGGCUGUGCUACAUUCUGUAUGCAUGGCAGCUGCACUACCUUCAAGUUAGCAUUUGCUGUGGGUUAUAAGCACCAGUUUACCAUAUGCAGGUUAAAAACACAGGCUCAGGUGUCUGUAAUUACAUAAUGAAGUAUUUAAUGACAUGUCAAGUUGCCAGUUAAGGCCUUUUAAAAGGUGCUAAUGGCAAGUUCAGCAAAGCCCUGUGCAGCAGACAUCUCUGAAUUCUCUAGACGAGAUACCGGGGGACAGCCGAGGAAGAUCUGACAAACUUACUAUUUUUUACCCAGUGAAUUAAUUGCCAUUGAAAUCAGCCACUGGUCACUUCAAAAAGGUGUUCUGUUCAGCUCUGUCCUCCUGCAUCAUCUGGACUACAGAUAGGGUGAGCAUUCAUUCUGCUCUCAGCAUUGGCAGUGUAAUUGUGUCCAGAUGUAACCAGCAAGGUGAAACCUGGUGAUCAUCUCAGUCUGGGAUGUGCACAAGAGCUUCAUCAAACCACACUUCAGUUUGAGCCCAGAGAGUGCAUCAACCAAUUUGUGUGUAUAUAUACCAUGCACAAUGGGUACUGCAUAAUAUAGCAUCUGUGAUGUUGGCCCUGCCCAUGUGUAAAAGGUCAGGGCCUGUAUUUCAAAGUAGGUUUGCCAUAAAAAAAAAAAACAACAAAACCAAUACAUUCACAAUUUCAGAUGAGAGUGGCCUCUGAGUUAAUGUUGCUUUUCAUAUUAGGAGUGAAUGUGAAUGAAUAACUGAGAUUUAUUCUAUCUUUCAUUAGUAUGUGACAUUUCAGUUUAACAGACAUUAGUUUUCUUAUAUAGUUAGCAUUCAAGACUAUUUAUUUGCUAGAAUCUGCUCUUUGCUGACUCUUAUUUCCUACAAGUAAUCAAGAAUCUAUUCCAGGCCUUGAAAUGUUUUUCUUAAUUAAGAAGUGUGGGAUUUUCCUCUGCUCACCUCGAAGUCACUGAGAAACCUGCUCAAACUGAUGCAUUGGGUCAUCAUGAGGUCCUAAUCUGCCAUUAUUUAUCAAUUUCUUUGUGAAAACACUGAUUGGGAAAAAUAGGGGUUUUUAGCUAUGUUUUUACACUGAUUUUUCUGCCACUAUAAAUAAAGAUUACUUGUAAGUUUUUGAAGAAGUACAUAUGUUUAUAUCAAGUACCUCUCUUGUAUUAUCAUCAAUCUUCCUCAGUUUACAUUCAAACCAAGAACACUUAAUUAUUGCAGAAAUUAAUAGUCUAAGUACACAGUUGUAGAAGUAUUUUAUGCUCAUUUUAGGAAGUAAAUACUUUCAGAAAAAAAGGUAAUGGUUGCUGUCCUUGGCUUUUCCCUGCACUGGAUUAAUUGGUUUGGCUCCUGUGGAAAUAUAUAGGAAUUAAGCACAUGGAGAGACUGAUAGAAUCUGUCCCUAAACUGACUUUGGAUAUGUUCGUUCUGUUCUUAUCUCUAACUUUGCUGCAUUGUUACAUUUCAGAGGGGAAACAGUUUGAUAUGUUUCUGCUUCAAAUUGUGGCCCAGAAAGGCUGCAAAGUAAUGCACACUUAACCACACAUAACAGGGCUGCCCUUCAGGCAAGCAUCACAAUCCAAUCAGUUUGCAGGAUCAGAGCCUAAAGUGAUCAGAAAAUGCAGGUUUGGGAGCAAAUUCAGCCCUGCUGGGGGCCCAGGUAUUUCAGGAGCUGGAUUUCUCCCACUCAGAACAAAACAUGUGAAAAAGAGCUGGAUCUUAAUUCCUUGCACCCCACAGCCUCCUCCAUUAAGCCUGAGGUCUGAAGACCUAAAUUUUCUGCAGUGCCUCAUGAAUUUGGAAUGGUAUCACUGUUUGAGAAACUCGACUGGGUGUUGCCUUUCAAAGACCGUUUUCAGAGGUGCAGGAGGAGAAAGGGGCCAUUUUCAAGUGUCUGCAGCCAGGCACUGUGAGAAUUAAGACCCCGGAUAUCAUUGUUGCUUAUGAUUAUUUAGGCUGUAAGAUUUGAUCCUUCCCAAUUCAGCUUUUAGCAGCUUCUGUCUGAAGUGAAGUGCAGCAAAAUUCUGGAAGCGGGAUCCUAUCUCCAUCCUGAGAAUAUGCUGAGACUGAAGGUUACAUAGCCAACUGCAUCUUGUUUUCUAGUUAUGGCAUCUUAUUAUUACUAGUAUUUGUGCCUUGCUCACUGAAAUUUUCUCCAUGCUACAAAGAUGCUUUUCAGAUUCUGGCUGACAAGGGAACACAACUUUUAUACAAGUGGCCUUUAGUGCUCUUUAUAAUAUUAUUUAUUGUAAUUUUUAAACUGUAUGUGUAAUUUAUAUUCUGGCACUGUCCAAUAUUUGAACAACUUUAAUAUGUUUAUUUCAAUAUAUUAUGCAAACAAUACUUCUUAACUGAUUUUUUAUGUUCCGUCUUUAAAAACUGCACCACUUAUUAAUAAAUAGAAAUUUCAAUUAU